AUGUAUGAAGUGGAGUACACAGAAAUACUGCAGAGGAUAGCAGAGACCCUGCAGAAAGAAGAAAGGAAGAACUGGCUGGAAAGAGAGUGCGCACUUUUAAGCCUAUUUACCAGACUAGAAAUAAUCACAAUAAAAAACAGAACAGAAAAGACAGAGCAAAUGGUAAGACACACAGAGAUAGUCAAAAGAAUAGCAGAGAUCGUGUUAAGGAGCAAAGACGCCCGGAGAAACAACAAACUGAUAGGAAUAAUAAAUAACCCAUUCUAA